CUGUGCGGUUCGGCCGCUUGUUAAGACCCUGGAGGGGGGGGGGUGUUCGGCCUUGCCUCCUGUUUAUUUAUUGAUUAUUUUCCUUUCUACCGUCCGAGGAGCUGGUCGUCUGGGCCUCACUUUGAGUAUGACCCUCGCGAUCCUGGUACUUCUCGCUCUGAUAACAUGUUUCUCACAUUGCUACAAGGUGGAAAAGUACCCCCUGCUUAUGCCAAACGUACACCCUUACAGUGAUGAACUCUACCUCUGCACACCUGUGAGAGUCAACCACACAAGGCACUUUUACAUCAUUGGUUUUGAACCAAAAGCUAGAAUGCACACUGCUCACCACAUACUGCUUUAUGGCUGCUUGUACCCUGGAAGUUCAAAUACUGUAUGGAACUGUGGAGAAAUGGCUAACAAUGAUGAUGAUCAAGAAAGGCCUAAUCCAUGCUCUGACGGCUCACAGAUUAUCUAUGCUUGGGCAAGAGACGCACCAGCACUCAAAUUACCUGAAGGUGUUGGUUUUAAAAUUGGAGGUGAUUCUUCAAUACAAUAUCUAGUCCUACAGGUUCAUUACUCUCAUAGAUUUGCAGCUGGUCAUACUGACAAUUCAGGAGUCUACUUACACUAUACAGAGAAACCGAUGAAUAAACUAGCAGGAGUACUGUUAUUGGGGACCUCUGGUCAAGUGGAACCCAUGCAAGUGACACACAUGGAAACAGCAUGUACAAUUUACGAACCUAAAGUCCUCCACCCAUUCGCUUUCCGUACACAUACACAUAAAUUAGGUAAGAUAGUUUCUGGAUACCGGGUGAGGAUAGACAACGAUUUAAAUUACGAUUGGACCCUACUUGGAAAGAAAGAUCCUCAACAACCUCAAAUGUUCUAUGAAGUGGAUGAUCCAAAUAUGGAAAUUCGGGAAGGUGAUGUUUUGGCUGCAAGGUGUACCAUGAACAGCACACGAACAACAGUGACAUAUAUUGGAGGAACGAAUAAAGAUGAAAUGUGCAAUUUUUAUUUAAUGUACUACGUUGAAGGAGAUGAGCCGUUGAAAACAAAAUACUGUUUCUCUGUGGGACCUCCAAUAUAUUCAUGGAGGAAAUCAGGGUUGCAGAACAUUCCAAAUAUAGGAGCUUCCACUUUUGAUUAGGAUAAUCUGAUAAGGUCUGACAUAUCCAAAUAACUUCUUAACUGCUUUUCGUUUGAAUUCGCACAAUUACAUUUUUUUCUUUUAAGAAUUAAAUGUCGAACAAGUUCCUUUUUUUAAUAAAUUUGAUUUUCUAUUUUUUUAACAAUGGUAGUAAUUUGAAUAUUGUUUGUAAGCAAGGCUGUUAAGUUGUUCUUUUAAAUAGAUUUUAGUGAAGAUUUAUUUAUUUUUUAAGGAAGUACAUAUUUUGAUAUAAAUAUAAAUCUAUUUUC